GUCCCUUCGACGGUUCAUUACUUUCUGCAUUGCGAUGGGUUUGUUUGCUCCAAUCCUAAUGUCAGGAGUAUUCCUUCUGGCUUUGGCUAAAGCUGAAGUAAGCUCCUUUUCCUCAUCCAGCAUCGGUGGUGGCCUAAAGGGAAAUGUUUUCAGCAAAGGCACCAUUGGCCAUGGAAGCGGGUCUCUGGGUGGUUUCAGUAGUGCAAUCAAUGGCGGUUCUUUCGGAGCUCUCAAAGGACUUAGCAGCAGUAACUACGGUUCAAGUGGCGGGGCGUUUGGAGGAUCAGCAAGCGGAGGCUAUGGAUCUCAUGGUGGGUCGCUUAAGGGUCUGGGAAGUGGAGGCUAUGGAUCAAAUGGUGGGUCGCUGACAGGCUUAGCAAGCGGAGGCUACGGAUCAAAUGUUGGGUCCUUUGAAGGCUUUGCUAAUGGAGGAUCAUUUGGAGGGAGUGGUGGCUAUGGAUCAAAUGGUGGCUCACUUGGGGGAUUUGGCAGUGGGAGCUUUGGAUCACAGGGUAUUUCCUUUGGAGGUUUUGACAGUGGAAGCCAUGGAUUAAGCGGAGGAUCUCCUCUUGGAGGAUUUGUAAGUGGGAGCUAUGGAUCAAACAGAGGAUCCCUUGGAGGGUUCAGUGACACCGGGUAUGGAGCAAGCAGUGGAUCUCUUCAAGGCUUUGGCAGUGGAAUUCACGGGUCCAACAGCGGUUUUUCCGGUGGGUAUGGUUCUGCUUCCGGAGCCACUGCAACUAUCAACUUUAACUUGGGCCGACUGCAGAGCGGUUAUAGUGGCAACAACGGGAAUAUUGGUGGUCCUUUGGGCAGCAGCGGAAUUGCUGGAGGGCAUUUGGGUAAUAAUGGUGGCUAUGGCAAAUAAAAGGUUUGAGAAGUACCAUUUGAUUGGCAAAUUGUGAGGAUAAUAACUACCUUUGAGUCACUUUUACUUUGGUUUAAUGAAGAAAUAAAAUGUCUAUUUUUC